AUGCCAUCCUCAACCCUUCCUCAUCCCGACCAGCGAGGCGUUGAGCCGCAUCCCGCACCACCCCGCAACAUCAACAAUGAUGUAGACUACGAGCCUCAUCCAGAGAACUCCAUAUCUAUUUCACCCUCGAGAGCCAAAAUCCAAGAACGCAUUCUUUCUCUGUACGGUGGUAGCGCCUCAGAAGACGACAUGAAUGUCUAUGCUGAACAAGCUAUCUACGAUGAUCCGUUCAGUUAUUGUGAUACCCGGUACAAAAUAGCAGGCCAAUGGUACGGCAUCCCCAAGCUAUUUUCCAAAUCCGAAACGUUAGCUACGGAGGUCACCUCGUCGACAGAGCACGAGCUUGUGUGGAAGCAGCGCCAAAAGUAUACAUUUGCUGGUGUGCAUGCGUCGAAGACUGUGGAUAGUCUUGUCAGUGUGAAAUUAGAGGGGAGCGAGCCUGAUGAGAAAGUUGUUUAUCACAAGGAUAUGUGGAACGAGAACGACUAUUCUCAUGAGGGGUUGGGAGCGAUGAUCAAGAAGCUACACGGGUAG